AAAAGCCAAAUUUCUCUGGCUAUAUAGGAAGGUCUUCAUCCUUGGCAUGCACCAACAAACAUACCUCCCAUAAUUGUUGUUGCAGAGAAGCGAGCGACAACAAAAAUGGCAUCCCUGGUUUCAAGCUGGUCUUCCAGUCUGCAAACUUUGCCAGCAAAUUAUGUUGUGCCUGUGGACCAAAGGCCAGGAAAGCUUGCUCCAAUAAGCAUGGACAUACCAGUGAUUGAUCUUGGUGAUGCAGAUCGAGGUGCUGUGGUUCAGAAAAUCAUAAAAGCUAGUCAAGAAUUUGGAUUAUUCCAGGUGAUCAACCAUGGAGUGCCAGAAAAGUUGAUGAUUGAUGCAAAGAGUGUGGGGCAAGAAUUCUUUUCAAUAGCUGCUGAGGGUAAAGAGAUGUUGAUUGCUGAUGAUACACAACAUGGAUGGGAACUUUACACCAGUUCUGGAAAAUACAGCACCCAAGAUUUUGCGUUCUGGAAAGACACUUUGCAGCAUCCAUGCCAUCCUCUUGAGAGUUGCGUCAAAUCUUGGCCCGAUAAGCCAGCAAGAUACCGAGAGGUUAUAGGACCAUAUACGGUUGAAGUGAGAGAACUAGGCAAGAGAGUUUUGGAGCUGAUCUAUGAAGGAUUAGGAUUUACUGAGAAAAACUUCGAUAGUUAUGACUUGGUCCUGAUGAUCCAUAAUUAUCCAGCAUGCCCUGAUCCUGGUUCUGCUUUGGGAUCGGGUGGACACUAUGAUGGAAACAUCAUAACUUUACUUCAGCAAGAUGUUUAUGGGCUACAACUAUUUAAGGAUGGCCAGUGGCAUGGGGUUGAGCCUCUUCCCAAUGCAUUCGUGAUAAACAUAUCUUUUGCCCUUGAGGUAAUCAGCAACGGGAAGCUAAAAAGUGCUCUGCACCGAGUUGUUACAAAUUCAGAUUGUUCUAGGACAUCAUUUGCCAGCUUUAUUAAUGUUCCUUUCAAUAGGAUCAUUGAACCUGCAAAGUCAGUUGUUAGUCGAGCAAUCCACCAGUAUUCAGAGGGUUCCUAUUCGAAGAGUUUAUGGAGGUUCUUAUAAGCAAGAAUUCUGACAUGGAUGCCACGUUUGACUAUUUCAAAAUCAAGGGCCAAGCUGCCGAAUAAUGUUGUCUUUGGACAAUAUCCUUCCGCUUCUUGGAAUGGCAAACUACCUGAAGCUAUUAUUUCAGCAGAAAUUUAUCUGCUUGUACAAGUUGUCUACCAUACAAUGCAUUUUGGAUCUCGUUAGCAUAGUAUUUUGUGAAUUAUAAAACUAUGAAUUUGUGAGAAAAUUGUUUGACUAGCUCGGAUC